GAGACAAUCGUGGUUGGCAGCCAUGUUUUUUCUAUCACUGUCACAAUUCGGAAAUUACAGCAUUUUUGUUGUGGGAAAUUCUAGACUUCACAUUGAAUAAGCAAUAGAAAUUAACCGAAUAAAUAUAUAGCGCUUGCAGCAAAACCGAACCCUAAUUGUCUUUGUGCAUUGGCCCCUCGAAUAAGUUGCGUAUUUGUAUGGUUUCCCAUUUGGUGUGAGAGAAUUCCCUUAGAGAGGAAAUAUAAAUGAUAACGCAAGUGUGGAAUAUAUGUACAUGUGUAUAAAGAACUAUCAAAGGGUUUAACAACUGAAUGAUUGAUUGUGGCGGACAUUUAUUGCAAGAACUAAAGAUUAGGUGCAAAUCUAAUAGGAAAUAAAACAACCGAAUCUUGCGAUUAUUGAAAGGAGUCUGUGCUCUCUGAAGACCUCUAAAGCUAUUUGCCAGAGCUGCGGAUAAGCGAUGGAAGAAUCUCUGACAGAGCACACAACGAAUGGUCAUUGAUAGUCGGAUAGGACCAGAGAUACGUCUGUCUCUCCACCUGUCUAGCUCUCGGUGAAAAGAAAGAAAUAAAUUUCAAGUUGCAAGUUAAUUGAUUGAUCAAGAUGAGUGUGAUUAUUCGGUUACAAAAUCUGCCGUGGACGGCAAAUGCCCGCGACAUACGAAAUUUCUUCACGGGCCUCUCGAUACCAGAGGGCGGUGUCCACAUAAUUGGAGGCGAGAUGGGCGAUGCUUUCAUCGCUUUCAGUACCGAUGAGGAUGCCCGUUGCGCCAUGCUGAAGGAUCGCGAGAAACUCAUGGAGAUCCAGGUGCGCCUGCUGCUUUCAUCGCGCGCUGAAAUGCAAAAGGUCAUCGAGACGGCACGCACACAAGUCGUUGCCCCGGCACCAGUGCCUGUGCCCGUGCCCGUACCCAUGCCAGUCCCUGUGGCCACACCACAGCCACCGAUCAUUGGUGGCCUAAACAGUUUCCUCAGCCAAAGCCAGAGCAAGGCUGAGGUUCCCUCUUUUCUGGCCUACCAGCAGCAGGCCGGCAUUGUCCUAGCGGAGGUCACAGGCGGCAGUGCCAGUGCCAGUGGCAGCCAGAAUCGCCGCCAGAGCCGCAGUCGUAGUCGCAGUAGAUCCUCCAGCUCUGAGGACAGCGAUUGUGAGCUGCGUGAGCGAGAACGCGAACGUGAAAGGGAGCUUGAACGUGACCGAGAGCGUGAUCGUGCUAUCCGUAAGCGUCGCUUAGAGCGUGGCGAUAGCAAUGAGCGCGAGCUAAAGCUUCAAUCCAGCGGCUUGAGUGGUAUUGCUGGCGGUCUGUCGCCCUGGGCCAAUCCCCCGCAGACUACUGCCGCCGUGAGUCUUCCGGGACUGGGGAGUAUUCAGGGCAUGAGCAUGGGAAUGGGCCACGGCCUCGGCCUGGGCGUGCCAUCCGUUCUGCCCUCGUUGCAGAACUAUACGACCAGCAAUACCACCAAUAAUAUCACAAAUAACUACAAUAUGAGCAGUGCCAAUGGCCCGGCACCAGCCCCAGCACCGCCACUGGCCCCCGAUGCACAGAAAUUGAUUGCCGCUCUGCAGGCGGCAGCCAGAGCAGCGUCCAACAGUCCUGCCCAAUUGGAGGGACAGCAGCAGGCACAGGCGCUGGUGCAAGCGCAGGAGCCCGUUGCGUUUGCCAGUGUCAAUCCGUAUGCGCAGAUCUAUCCGCAGUUGUUUCAGCAGCAGCAGCAGGUGCUCCUCCAGCAGCAGACGGCAGCCAAGCUCUCGCCUUCUGUGGGCGGAUCACCAGGUGGUGGAGGGGGCGGUCUCAGCCCUCGCGGCGGUGGCGGCAUGUCCUCGGCGGUGGCCGACACCUGCUAUGUGAAGAUCAGUGGCAUGUGCCAGAACACCUCUUACAGCGAUCUGCGCAAGUACUUCCAGGGUCUCUAUAUACCCCACAAUGGCAUCAAAAUCAUGACUGUGAAUGGCAGUCGGACUGGAGUGGCCUACAUAGAGUUCUCGCGGGUGUCCAGUGCGCAGAAGGCGCUGCAGCGCAACAACACCAUGUUCCGCGAUCGCCAGGUGCAAAUUGUGCCCAUCGGGGAUGCAGAAUUCGAGCAGGCCGAAGAGAAAUCGCGUAGCCAGCAGCACCAGCCGCCUCAAGAUGUCGUUGGUCGCAAUGCCGGCGAUCGGGGUGGCGGCAGCCUGCCCAGCUUCAAUGUCCUGUACGUGGAGGAUCUGCCGCAGUUGACCACCGAGCAGGACAUCAUGAAGAUGUUCUCCGCCACUUGCACCAUUGUGGAUAUCCUGCUAGCGCCGUCUCCCAACAAUCGCCGCGAGUUUGUGGCCUUUGUGCUGUUUGCACGCGAGACCGAGGCAUUGUCGGCCCUGGAGGACACAUCGCGGCAUUACAUAGGCUUCCGGCAGCUGCGGGUGCGCCCCAGCAGCCAGGCGGAGAUGCUCCAGGCCAAGGAGAAGCAGCGUCGGGCCAACGAGCAGCUCUUGAAGGAAGAGGCCGACCAGCGGGAGGAGCUGCUCAAGGAUCAGAAGAGGCGUCAGCAGGUGCAGGCGCAGCUCCAGCUGCAACAGCAACAGCAGCAGCAGCGCGAGGAGAGCGCCAUGCAGGCGAGGUACAACAGCGAUCCGCGGCGACGCAAUGAGGAUGACAAUCAAAUUCACGACCAGCAGCAUCUACAACAACAACAACAACAACUACAGCUACAGCAGAAUCACAUGCAACCAUUUGGCAACACUGGUCCAAUGGGUAACGGUAUAAUGCCGUUUGUUGUCCAGCAGCAGCUGCAGCAAUUGCAGCAACAAAACAGCGGCUCCAAUUUUCCAUUUAACAAUAACAAUAACAACAACCACAUUAUGGAUAACCAUAACCGCAACCAAAACCAGAACCACAAUGGCGGAGGAGGAGGAGGAGGACCCAUGGACGCAUCGAUUAAUCGGUACCACAACGGUGGCGGUCCCUUUGGCAUGCCCAUUCCCCCCCAGAAUGAGUCAGUGCGUCCUCCCCGCCAGGAGGAUAAUUUCGUGCGUAUUCAUAACUGUGAAUAUGCCACAAGGGUCAACGAUCUGGGGGAACUCUUUUCCCAGGAGAAUCUGCGCAUCGAACACAUCGAAAUGCUGUUGAACGAUCGCAAUCAGAGCUCAGGUGAGUUCAUUAUCGAAUUUGUCGAUGGGCCCAAUGCCAAGCAGGCCAUUCGGGAGUUCCACAAUCGGCGAUUCCGUGGCCGUGGGCUGCGGGUGGUGGCCAUCACGCCGCAGGAGAUUGCGGAUCGCAUGAACAAGCCGUUUAUGGACUAUUUACCCGGGGGCAAUGGGCCACGGCAGAGCGACAACGGUGGUGCCAGCGGGCAGGGGUCUGCACAGCCUACGUCUAGGCGCCGUGGUCCCAGUCGCUUUGACAACCAACAGCAACAGCAACAGCAGCAGCUGCAGGUGGAUGAGGAUAGCAACAGCUCACAAAAGCAGCAUUUUAAUCCGUUCGCCAGGCCAGAUCCUCCCAUCAUCCCAAGCGGGGCCGGCAGUGGAAGCCUGUCGCCAGGACUGAAUGUGUCCAACAGCAGCAGCAGCAGUUCUUUGAUUCCCGACAAAUUCAAUCGUCCCGGCUGUGUGGUGGCCAUGCGUAAUGUCCCCUUUAAGGCUGAGCUGAAGGACAUCCUACGCUUCUUCAGUGACUACAAGCUGAGUCCCGAUGAUAUUAUCCGCCGCUUCAACGACGAUGGGAAACCCACCGGAGAUACCAGGGUCGCCUUCGAGUCGCCGGCAGAGGCGCGCUCGGCGUACGAGUCGCGGCGUCGUAAGCAGAUCUUCAGCCGCACUGUUCAUCUAGAUAUUAUAUAGACGUUGACUGUUUGACC